AUGGGUCGGUCGGUGCGGCGUCUGCCCCUAGCGGGAGACACCGCACUGGCAAGGGCAAGGGGGGCAAGGGAGCUGGAGGAGCUAGCGGGGGCGGUGGCGGCGGCGGUGGAGGCGGUGGAGGGGGUGGGGGUGGCGGUGGGGGUGGUGGUGGGGGUGGGGGCGUCAGUGGCGGCAGUGGAGGCGGCGGCGGCGGUGGCGGUGGGAGCGGAGGUGGCGGAGGUGGCGGCGGAGGAGGUAGCGGCGGAGGAGGUGGAGCUGGUCGGGGUGGCGCUGCGCAGAGGGUCGGCUCCGGUGGUGGUCCGCGCCAGCAGCAGCAGCAGCAGCAGCGCACCCGUGAGAUCCCUCCCCCUCAGCAGCUUCGUGAGUGGUACGCUGCACGUCAGCGAGUGA